AUGAUCGAUUUUUAUAUGAUGGGGAGCAGAAAGAAGGCGCUUCUCAAAGUGAUUAUUCUCGGCGAUUCAGGUGUUGGCAAAACAUCUCUAAUGAAUCAGUAUGUAAAUCGUAGAUUCAGUAAUCAGUACAAGGCAACGAUAGGCGCUGAUUUUCUGACUAGAGAUGUUCAAAUUGAUGAUCGCACUGUUACACUGCAGAUUUGGGAUACAGCAGGCCAAGAGCGUUUUCAGUCACUCGGGGUAGCUUUCUAUCGUGGUGCAGAUUGCUGUGUACUUGCAUUUGAUGUCACGAGCACUUCCUCCUUCAAAAGUCUUGACUCUUGGAGGGACGAGUUCUUGAUCCAGGCAUGCCCUCGUGAUCCGGAGAAUUUCCCAUUUGUUCUACUGGGUAACAAAGUUGAUUUGGAAGCACAACGGGCUGUAAGCGCAAAACGUGCACAGUCAUGGUGUCAAACAAAAAAUAAUAUUCCAUAUUACGAGGUAUCUGCUAAAGAGGCUGUGAAUGUCGAGGCUGCGUUCCAAGCAAUCGCGCGUGAUGCUCUUGCUAGAGAAGCUCAGGAAUCACACGACUUUCCGGAAUUUCCCGAUCAAAUUCGCCUAAACGAGAAUCGGUCGUCGCCGAGUGGCGGCUGCAAUUGCUGAUUUUGGUCGCUGUCCUUUUUUGACUUGUUUUUCUUCUUUUUUAUUCAUUCUUCACACACUUCACCUUCACUCGAUUACUCCAUUCUAACUUUGUAGUUUUCCUCUUAACAUUACAAACUAUCGAGAACACAUCUUCAAGCGAUAUCGUGUCCGCAAACUUGUGAGGAUUUGUAGUGUCUUCUUGCUCUUUACAAACUUCAAAAGCACUUCACAUCGCAAGACGAGAGUGAGUACUGGUAGCUGCUAAUGAUUGCAAACAAAAGCCUUUUCGAAUUCCGACAAAUAAUUUCAGAACGCAUCAGUUCAUGCACUGAAGUUGGUUAGCCUGACCGUCACUAAUUGUCCGCUUCCGAAUUCGCUCGUUUUAUUUGUUUUUCGCAACAUCCCGAUUGUUUCUUCAUGUGCAUGUUCAUUCUCCAUGUUAUAUCUUGAUAAAUUGGAAAAAUUCUUUGAUUGUGCGACGUUUACAGUAUCUACCCUCGGUAUCACUGGGAGUGACGGGUGGUGGGUAGAACUCGGGUUCCGUGCAUCCGGCUCGUUUGCAUCUUCAGUUGUUUCACAAUGCAUCUUUAGUUGUUUUAGAAUAGGAAGCGGUGCGAGAUUAGAUUCACGACAUUUACAAG